AUGCACCCAGUACCUCUGAAGUCUUGGAUGGGAAGUGGAGCAGACUACGCACCGGACCUGCACACGGUUCCUUUGUACGUAGCCAACCCACUAAUGAAUUCGGGUGUCGCAGAUCCCUUCCCAGAAGCCUAUCUCGAGGGCUUCGCCAAUCAGCUGAGCAAUUACCUCAACAGUAGUGUUCCCCUGACCCCGAUUCCCGAGGUGUCGGAAUUCUCAUUGCGUUCUUCGGUCGCGAGCACCGCACCUUUUGGUGGCAGCAGUGGCGGUGCCAUAGGCAGCUCCAAUGGCAGCCUCCCACUGUCGGUUGGAGCUCGUCGCCUGCGCGACACCUCUCCCAACGCGCCCAUCGUGCCACCGGUGACGUAUUCACUUCGCUCCUCUCUUGAGAGCAGUCCCAGGGAACUGUUCACGAGCCCACACAAAGUGGAGGGGUACGGUGAUGAAGACGGCGGCCUUCUAAUCGAUAGACAAGCGAAGGGCGGCCCAACAGGCCCCUCGAGUGUGGGCUCGUCGUCGCUGAAUGAAUUCCUGCGUCUGGAGGAGCAGGAAAGCCUGAGCGAGGACCUAGAGAAACAGAUGAUGGAAGGCCAGGAGGGCGACAUGUCGUUGGUCGAGUCGGUUGUGGGCGGGAUGCGCAAUGUGGAGGAAGGCGAAACAUCAAGCAUCUCUCGAUCGCUCGGUCCCUCGAGUAUCCUGGUGACGGAUUCAGUGUCAAUUCUCUCGUCGUCGUUCGAUUUGGGCCCGUCGUUUGCAUCGCUGCCGCACCCCGGCAGCGGCAGUUUGGAGGCUCAGCAUCACCACGGCGACCUCAGCAUUUCCUCUCCUGGCUAUGACGGCUACAUCAUGUUCUCCCCUGCCCCGCCCCACCUCCCCCACCCUGUCUACGCGGCGUUCGGCUUCUUUUGCACUUUCGUUAUCACCAGAUUUCGAUGUUCUGACCCCGUUCUCUCCCCCUCUCGCUCCGUCCUGUUUUCUAUGCAUCCGCGCAAACCGCUUCGUCUGUCCGCUUCCCCCGUGAGACGUCUGCCUCCUACGCCUUCGUCGAUGCCCUCGUAA